AUGGCCUUGGGGAACAACAGCACCAUCACGGAGUUCCUCCUUCUCGGGCUGUCUGCUGACCCUGAUGGCCAGGCUCUGCUCUUUGUGCUCUUCCUGGUUAUUUACCUGCUGACCAUAAUGGGGAACCUGCUGCUCCUGCUGCUGAUCAGGACUGAUUCUCAUCUUCACACGCCCAUGUACUUCUUCCUGAGUCACCUCUCUUUUGUCGAUCUCUGCUUCUCUUCAGUCACGGUACCCAAAAUGCUGCAGAACCUCCUUUCCCAGAGGAAAACCAUUUCAGUAGAGGGCUGUCUCACUCAGGUCUUCUUUGUGUUUGUCGCUGCAGGGACUGAAGCCUGCCUUCUCUCUGUAAUGGCCUAUGACCGCUAUGCUGCCAUCUGCCACCCAUUGCUUUAUGGACAGAUCAUGAGUAAACAGCUGUAUAUGUACCUUGCAUGGGGUUCAUGGGCCCUGGGCUUUCUGGAUGCACUCAUCAAUAUCCUCUUAGCAGUAAACAUGGUCUUUUGUGGCCCCAACCUCGUCCGCAGUUUUGCCUGCGAGCUUCCUCCAGUGCUCUUGCUGGCCUGUUCUGACCCCCACGCGAGCAUCGCCUCCAUGCUGACCACCAUGGUGGUCCUGGGCCUCAGCAACAUCAUCCUGUUGCUGGGCUCCUACAGCCGCAUCAUCACGACAGCCUUGAGGGUCAAUUCCGCAGCAGGUCGGAGCAAGAUCUUUUCCACCUGCUCUUCGCAUUUCCUGGUACUUGUCAUCUUCUAUGGCUCAGGAUGUUCCAGGUACAUGACUCCAGCAUCCGGCUCAGCCCUGGAGCAAGUGCUGUCUGUGCAGUACAGUGUGGUGACCCCGAUGCUAAACCCCCUCAUUUACAGUCUGAAGAACCAGGAGGUGAAGACAGCUCUGAAGAGGAUGCUGGCCAGGAAGUCUAGGCUUACCUUCUAA